AUGAUUCUACUAACAUUGACGGCGACGAUCCAUUCCUUGAGGCCACGAUCGUGUGCAUGCAGAUCCCAGACCUGUGAGGCACCAUCAAAGACCCACUUCGCAGUACUAUAUUCUGGCAUCGCAUUGGUGGCCAUAGGAUUUGGUGGGACACAAUCCACCACGGUGACCAUUGGAGCCAAUCAGUUCAACAAGGCCAAAGAUCGGGAUAGUUUCUUCAAUCGGUACUACAUCUUCUUCAUCACUACCAUUGCUGCCUCGACUGGCAUUGUCUAUAUUCAGGAAAAUGUGGGCUGGGGCUUGGGGUUUGGUCUGUGCGCCGCAGCUAAUGCCAUUAGCUUAGCUAUUUUCCUCUUGGGUAGGGACUAUUACUGCCUCAAUGUACCCGAGGGAAGUCCAUUCACCAGGUUGACACGUGUGCCGAUUGCUGCUGUUAGGAAGAGGAUGGAAGCAUUGUCAACGGACAGCAAGGAUUAUUACCAUGGCCAUGAUGGGUUCACAAAGUGGCAGCUAUGGUUCCAACUACAAGAUUUAGCACUGAAGACGGAAGGAGAUACCCAUUUGGAUGGAACCAUAGCAAAGCCAUGGAGGCUAUGCACAGUGCAACAAGUAGAAGACUUGGAGACUGCAAUCAGGGUAUUCCCACUUUGGUCCACAGCCAUCUUCAUCAGCACCCCAGCAUGCAUUCAAAGAAGCCUCACUAUCCUACAAGCCCUGUCCAUGGACCGCCACCUCGGGCCCCACUUCUCCAUCCCCGUUGGCUCCUUUCUUGUGUUCAUCGUACUCGCGACAAUCAUCUCACUCCCUCUCAUUGAUUGGUUCCUCUUUCCCCAAUGGCGUAAGCCUAUGGGCGGAUAUCCAACCCUGCGACUACGCAUAGGGUUGGGUUACAUCCUCAACGUUAUCAGCAUGUCGGUGGGGGCUCUAGUGGAGUCCAGGCGCCUUCAUGUGGUCAAAUCAUACAACCUGGUUGACCACCCACGUUCAAUGGUACCAAUGUCGGCCUUGUGGCUCGUGCCAGCUCUAGCCCUUAUUCCACGGUUGUCAUUCCCAAGAGCUUAUAGAUCUUUGCAAGAAUAUAGUAUUUUCAAAGAGCUCAUAGCUUUCCUGGUCUACUGGCUGAGCAAAGUAGUACUUCCCAACUCAAAAUGGGCAGAUGCCAUUUGCCCUACUGUUUUUAUUGUUGCUAGUGCUAUGGUGGAAGGCCACAGACACUCCCUUACUCCUCGGUCUUAUGUUCCAUUUACAAGGAUCUUGGAGAGGUAG